AUGUCUCUUCGUUCUUUGCCGCGUGCGGUGGGAGAUGGCCUUCGUGGUCCUUCACUUAGCCGCUACUCGACCUACGAUCCUAUCGGCGCUCGUGCGCCAAGUAUGGUGUCGGAGGUCCUGCCAGCGACGGCUGUUCCUCCUUUGACUCGAACGGCGGGCGAAACGCCGCUACCGGCGCUCUCAGUCACUGUUCUCUCCAUUACUAUACUGGGAGAGUUCCUGACGGCGAAUGUUUCUCUGCCGUUCAUUCUUUUCAUGGUCAAAGGCUUUACAGAUAUGGAGGGUGUCGACGACGUGAGCCCCUUCGCUGGUGCUCUAGUCGCCAGUUUCUUCGUUGGCCAGUUCAUCACAUCACUCCUCUGGGCAAACAUCGCUGUGCGAAUCAACAACCGUUUCGUGUUGACCACAUCUCUCCUCGGCGCGACCAUCACCUGUGGCUUAUUCGGCAUGUCGACGACCUUGACCCAGGCUACGGUCAUCCGGUUUGCACAAGGUGUAUUCGCAGGAGCCAUCGGCGUCGCUCGUGGUUGCGUAUCAGGCGUGACGGAUACCAGUAACGAGAGCAGAGCAUAUGCGAUCCUCGGCUUUUGCUGGGGUCUGGGCGGUGUUGCUGGAGCAGUUAUCGGGGGCUUGUUUGAGUCUCCAGCACUCAAGUGGCCUUCAGUCUUUGGAUCUCUUCCGGUCUUCGUCGACUAUCCCUAUCUCCUGCCUACUAUCGUUGCCGGAUCCGUUACGCUCACAGGCGCCAUCCUUUCGAUCUUCCUUGCACCGGACGGUGGACCACGUACUCGCGCUACCCCGCCACACGUAGAGAAGACGACGACUUUCGCUCUACCACCGACUAUACCAGAAGGAGCACCUCUGUUGUCGACUACGCAGGAGAAUAGGGACAUCGACUCUGAAGCAAAUGUGCGGGUAUCCCGCUUCACUCGUGGCUACGGAGCCACGUCCAGCAUACGCACCGCCAGCCGCCGGCGAAGCGUCGAGAGCUCUUCUCGCCGUCUGCGACGGACUGUCACAACGUCGCGCGCGUCGUUGCGUGAUGAGGUGCGUGAUGAGGCCGGGUUCGUGGAACGCUUUGCGCUCGCGAACGAGAACAACGUAUCCAGCAUAUCGGAUCUUUGGACGGCGGCCGCUAUAAGCGCUAGCGCAGAAGUCGGCGGCGGCACGGACCCUCAGGCGUAUGCUCCUCUUGGGGAUGUUGACGACACCAUCGAUGCGACGCAUCACGAUGAGGUCGCUGGUACAUCUAUGGCCGCUCGCACCAUCUCCCUCGUCAAGACGCUAUCAUGGGCUGACCUCUUCCCUCCACACGAUGAUCCUGGCAGUGCCACCUCUACGCACCUCAAGCAACCGCCCUUUCCUGCCGGAAAAGGACCCCUGCCAUCCGACUUCGGCGCCUAUACGCGCUCGCCGCGCCGUCAAAAUCGCGCUUCAUCACUCUCACGCCGCAAUCGCACUCACUCGCGUACACGCACACAUGGCUCGGCGGGAGGGUGGGGUGCAGGCCUCGCUCCGCGCACGCUCAGCUUGACGUAUCCACCCUACUUUGAGGAGGAAGAUGAAGAAGACGAGGAUCAAGACUACGUUGAGGCGAACCCCGUGUGGUCUCUUCCGUGGCAGAUCAUCGCGCAGUAUGGGAUACUCGCGUUGCAUUCUACUGCCCAUGAUAUGUUCUUCAUGUCGUACUUUGUCUCGGAGCCUGAGGCUGGAGGGCUGAAUUUGACUGCGUCUGCAUUCUCAGUCCUCACUGCCACAAUGCGUUUGUUCCAAAUCGUCUAUCAGUUCUAUCUCUAUCCGGCUCUGGGCACUCGCGUGUCCCAUCUUGGCAUGCUUCAACUCGGAACUGCACUCUUCUGUUCUGCCUAUAUCGCCUCACCUGCUCUCUAUUUUCUUGUGGGAGCACGCGGGAAUGAUGGAGGCUUAGCUGCCGGUCUUCUUCUGAUUUCUGCAGUGCGCUAUUGCGGUAGCACGAUCGCAUAUACCUCUGUGGCUAUCCUUGUCAACCAAUUGUCGCCACCGCCUGUUGUUGGACUUGCGAACGGCAUCGCGCAAAGUAUAAUCAGUCUAGCGCGGUGCUUCGGGCCGCUUUUGGGCGGCUAUAUAUGGAGCACUGCACUGGAAGGAAACCCGUCGGGUUACUUCAUCCCGUUCUUCAGCGUCGGAGGCAUGUGCGUCUUCGCGCUCAUAUUGAGUCUGGCGAUCCGGUGA